AUGGCUGCCACAAUGCAUCAGCUCAUCCCAGCAGUCAUUCCGGCGUAUGCGUGCCCCGAGGGCACCAAGAUGCAUAUACUGAAUCUGGGUACUCUAACUGUCGAUGAAGGCUGGCUUCUGAACGGCGCCAACGGAGGCUCGGCAAGCAAUCCAAAUCCCGCUAACAAACGAAGAGAUCUUAUGUUGAUUGCUGGACUGAUUUAUCAUCCUGAGAUGGGUCUUAUUCUUUUUGAAUGUGGGAGCACGGAAGACAUUGACACGCAAUGGAGCAGUGAAGCCACAGAUUUAUUUCCUCGAACAUGCUACAGCAAAAACAAUCAUCUUCCUGAGGCAAUCAAAGCUGCUGGAUACGAUAUCAUGGAUGUUCAGGCAGUGAUUAUGGGUCAUCUGCAUCUAGACCACGCGGGUGGCUUGGAACAUUUCCGAAACACGAGUGUCCCUAUAUACGUCCACGAAGAAGAAUUCAAACAUGCUUGCUGGGCAGCUGGAACCAACUCCGAUGGCGGUCUUUACCUGGCUGAAUACUUGAAACUCGAUGGCACUUUAAAUUGGCAAACAUUUAACGACUCGCAAUUAGAUCUUUGCACGGGAUUAACUCUAUAUCAUUGUCCUGGUCAUACCCCAGGGCUAUGCAUUAUGCAGAUCAACCUCGCCCACGAUGGCACAUUCAUCUGGACGACAGACCAAUAUCACGUCCGGGAGAAUUUUGAAGAUAAUUGGGCACAUGGUUGGCUUUUGCGCGACUACCGAAGCUGGGUUGACAGUGGGAAAUUCAUUCGGCGCUUGCAGAGAGUGUUCUCCGCAACACUCAUCUUUGGCCAUGACUAUGCUGUUGCAGAAGAACUGAUUGGUCGCAAAGCUUAUCAUGAAUAG